GGGCAAACCCACCCAGUAAAGAGCAGAUCCCUGGGGCUCAGAUGCUGCUGGAGUCUCCCCAGGGCGGGGGGAUCUGGAGAGAUAUCUCAGGUCACUUGGACUGAGACAUGGAUAAAGAAGACUUCUCAAAGGAGCAAGAUGUGCCUAACAAGACAGAUCAAGAAGCAAACUCCAGUGAUCUUCUGCAGCCUGAACUCCUCCAGGGAGGGCAUCCCCAAUGCCCCACUGCCCUGUGGGAGAUGCUAGAGAGGCAGUUUCUGGAAUAUGUACAGGCAGCUCCUUUUCUCAAUCCAGAGAACCAGCAGAGGACUUUGUUGAGGCUUCUCCCUCUGUUCCUGAAGGCCUGGGAAAAAUCUGCUGGUAUUAUUUGCUUUCCCAGCAUUCAAGAAUUUGCAGAAGAGGUUUCAAAACAUCUUGCUCAAGAAAUACAGAAGGCCCUUGGCGGCAAGCCAGCAGAGGAGGCUCGGUUGGCAACUGGAAAGCUGCUCCAGUGGAAAGGGGAAGAAGAAAAUGAUGGCUAUCUCCUGUUAAAAUCAGGAUAUUUACUUACCCAGGCUGACUCUGAGACACUCAGCAAGGUCAUCGAAUCUGGUCUCCCAGGCCUGCUGCUGCAAUGUCUUUACAUCUUUUUUGCUUUUCCAUUGGAUAAAGAUGAGCUGUUUGAGGGGGACUCUCAAGUUCAGAAAAUGUUUGUGCAGAUGAUGCUCAACAUUUACAGCGACCCACAGGGGGUGGAAGAGCUUCUCCUUGGCAAUGAACUCCAGUCUCUUCUGAUGGCAACAUCCUCUCUUUGGGAACAGAGCAGCCCCUCCUGGAAAGAACCUACUUUCUCUGUGCUUAGGGCCAUCUCGAAGGCCCAGAGCCCAAGUACCAUCAGCUACCUGCAAACUUCGAACUCUGUGAAAAUCGCCGUCCAGAAUCUCUCCAGGCUGGUGGACACCUUGCGCCCCCGGGAAGUGAGUGAGGUGGCGAGCCUGAUCUUGUAUUUUGUGAAGGAUUCCUAUUCCAUGUCAUCCACUUUGCUUCUUGAGUUUGAGAACAGUGACGGCUACCCUAUGCUGCUCAAAAUUUUACUUCGGUAUGGGGAGGUUCCUGAUGAUGAAGCAGAGCCCUACCUGGAAGAACUUUUGGAGCUGCUGGUAUGGCUCACAGUCUGUGGGAAGAUGGAACUGAAGGUGUUUGACAGUGUUACCUACCCUCAACUAGAUGGCUUUAAGUUCCAGCAUGAGCCCUCUGGGAUGUCUGUGAAAAACCUCCAGGCCUUUCAAGUGUUGCAAAAUGCCUUCCAGAAAACCAGCGAUCCCCUUCUCUGUCGAAAAAUAUUAUCCAGCAUCAAAACGAUAUGGACCUGGAAUGGAUGGAACUUCUUCCUCUUGGAGUGGACCCUGCAGCCUAUCUCCCAGUUUGUGGAAAUCAUUCAUCUGAAGCCCUCCCUGGCUCAGAUGCAGUUCUUCCAGCUGCUGGAGUCCGUGGUCUUUGACCUGUCUUUUAUACCCCAUGAAAUUCUCAAGAAAGUGCAGAAUUUGAUCAAAGAGAACCAAGUACCAUCCUGUACCUUAGUGGCCUUACGAAGCCUCCACAGGAUCAUCGCACACGAUUUGCUCUUUACUGACAUAUUCAGGGACUCGGGGCUUUUGGCUCUCUUGCUGGCUCAGCUACGGAAACAAGCAAAGAUCAUGAGGAAGAGUGGAAACAGGGGGUCAUUCAGUUUAGAGGAUAUGGACAGAGACCUGUCCUGUGUGAUGCUGAAAAUUGUGGCUGCACUGCUGCAGGGUUCUGUUCGGAAUACAGUCGUCCUGAAAGAUCAUGGUAUGGUUCCUUUCAUCAAGAUUUUUUUGGAUGAUGAAUGCUAUCGUAGUGAUUCUUUAAGUAUCUUGGAGCAGCUCUCCACCAUUAACACUGAAGAGUAUAUGAGCAUAAUUAUUGGAGCACUGUGUUCUUCAACUCAGGGAGAACUACAUCUGAAACUGGAUCUACUGAAGUCUCUCCUAAAAAUACUGGAGAACCCUAAAGGUCGUUCUGCUUUCAGAACCUCCAGCGGCUUCAAUGGUCUUCUGUCUCUCCUAUCUGACAUGGAAGGAUCUCUACAGGAUCCCCCAUCAGAGAUAUGGGCCCCAAUCACCCCCAGCCAGAUAAUGGAACUUGUCCUCUACACACUCUGGGCAAUGACAGCAGCUCUACACUUGGACUCAGUCAAUACUGACUUUUUCAGGAGAAAUAAUUUGUUUGAGAAGCUGGCUGAAGACCUCUGUUUGCUGGGCUGCUUUGGAACUCAGGAACAAGGGGAAGCCUCACCACACCCCUUUAUCACUGAGAGAGCCCGAACAUUUACAGAAUUGUUAAAUGCUGCCUUUUCUUCUUCUGAGGCAUUCCCAUCUGCCCUAAGGAGCUGCCUCCAGAUUCUGAGUUUUCUAGAUAGUAUGGCCAGAGGCACCCUCCACUUGGCGAAUGGCCUGAAGGAAUGGAAGAGAGCUCCAGAGGAACUGACCAUUCAAUCUGAUGGAUAUUCCAGGACUGACAAGAGUAGCUUCAGAUCACUCAUGGUUAAGGUGUGGCCAGACCUGGAUGACAGGAUGGAUGAUGCUGAUGCUGUCAUCAUGCAUCCCGGGGUCAUCUGCAUCAUGCUUAGGCUGCUUCCUUCCCUAUACCAUGAAGAUCACCCACAGCUCUCUAAGGAAAUCCAGUGCUCUUUAGCCAAUCACAUCCAGUCACUGGUGAAGUCCGAGAAGAACCGUCAAAUCAUGUGUGAGGCUGGAUUGCUCAAGACCAUUCUCAGGUUUUGCCGUAAAGCCUUAAAUGACAGCAGCGACCCAGUUCACUUGUCUCUCGUCAGGAUUUUCGAGAAGCUUGCUUCCCAAGCCAUUGAGCCAGACAUAUUAAGGCAAUUUCUCACCCUUGGGAUUCCUUCAGCUAAGGAAGCUGAAUGCAAAACACUUGAUACAUCUCUUUCUCAAGGAGACAUGUCCUAUUGUUCAGAUAGGAAUACAGGAUCACAAGCACCUGGACCCUCUGGUACUGAUGGUCCUGCUGAAGCCAUCUCUGAUGCCAACUUUACUGUCAGCACUGUGCCAGCCUCCAGGUCACCAUGCAUAACCAAGAGCUCUGUUAAUACUCUUCAGACAGCCAUGAGUCUCAUUUCUAUGACAUCACCACGAAACAUCCAGCCACAGAAGGCUACACUGGCUCCAUCAUUUGUGGAAUUUGACAUGUCUGUGGAAGGAUAUGGUUGUUUAUUUAUUCCUACACUGUCAACAAUUAUGGGUGCCAAUACAGAACACUCAAUCUCUGGAGGCAUUGGAAUAGGCCCUAGGUUAUUUCCUCCCCUGAAUGGUCUUACAUUUUCCUCUUGGUUCCUGAUCAGCAAACUCAGCUCCAUUCAAAAUGCUCAUCCAAUCCGUUUCUUGACCUUGGUGCGCCACAUGGCCAGGACAGAACAUCAAUUUGUCUGCUUCUCAGCUAACUUCUCACCUGAGGACCUGACCUUAACUGUUUCUACAGAAGAAAAAGAGUUUGAGCCCUUGGAUGUUAUGGAGCCUGAAGACACACAUGAACCUUCUGCUGGAGGUCAGCUCCAGUUCCGAUGUGGCAACCUUUUGUCAAGUGGACAGUGGCACCAUCUGGCUAUUGUUGUCACUAAGGAAAUGAAAAGAAAUUGUACAGUUUCCACUUACAUCAAUGGACAGCUCAUUGGAUCUGCUAAGAUGCUGUACAUCCAAGCUUUACCAGGCUCUUUCCUUUCAAUGGAUCCUUCAUCCUUUAUUGAUGUCUAUGGAUAUAUAGGUACCCCUCACGUAUGGAAACAGAAAUCAUCUUUAAUAUGGCGGCUUGGCCCUACCUACCUGCUUGAGGAAGCAAUUUCAAAGGAAACUCUGGAAUUUAUUAACAAACUUGGCCCAAGAUACUGCGGCAACUUCCAAGCUGUGAAAGUCCAGGGUGAGGAUGUUGGCUGUGAAGCCAUGACCCUUGUUGCAGAGGAACGAAUUUCCUUUGGGCUGAAUGUAGCUAGUUCAUCCCUCACAAAUGUGGUAGAGAUCAAGAAUGUUUAUAAUGAGGUCGAUGGCCGCCUGAUCGCCAAAGAGAUGAACAUUUCCUCCCGGGACAAUUCUAUGCCAGUUUUCUUGGUGAGAAAUUCUGCUGGACACCUUUCAGGCCCCCUUCGUACCAUUGGAGCAGUUGCUGUGGGUCAGUUAGGGGUGAGAGUGUUCCACUCCAGCCCUGCUGCGAACAGCCUGAACUUCAUUGGUGGCCCUGCCAUUCUCCUUGGAAUGAUUUCACUGGCUACAGAUGACCACACCAUGUAUGCCACCAUUAAGGUCCUCCACUCUGUCCUGAGCAGCAGCGCCAUGUGUGACAACCUCAUGAAACACAUCCAUGGAUACCAGGUAUUGACAUUGCUCCUCAAGAAGAAGAUGCAACUGUUGAACAACAGAAUUUUCCAGCUGAUCCUUUCUGUUGCUAGCACUGUCGAGCUGGGCUUUGGAUCCUCAACUAUCACAAACCUUGGCAUGUUCCAGCAUGUUCUCUGCAAUUUUGAGCUCUGGAUGAACACAUCAGAAAAUCUAGACAUUGCCCUCUUUUCUCAUCUCAUAGAAAUUUUUCAAUCACCAAGGGAAGGAGCCCGGAAUGCUGAAAUUGCUCACAGAUUACAACUGAUACCUAGGCUGGUCUUCCUCUUUAAUGACCCGAUUCUCAGUCCCACCAAGAUCUCCACCAUAACUUCCAUUCUGGGUCAUUUGUUGAAGAGACAUUUCAACACUCAGGAUGUCAUUAGGAUUGGAUUAUUUAUUGUCUAUACUCUAAAACCUUCUUCAGUAAAUGAAAAACAGAUUAGCAUGGACAAAAGUUCGGACUCCCCGGUGGAAGCCGGAAGCCAAACAUCUGGCAGGAUGAUCUGGCUCAGAAACCAGUUACUCGAGAUGCUGCUGGAUGUAAUCUGUUCCAACAAAUUUCAUCUGUCCUCAGAGUCACAGGAAGAAAUGUUUCUGAACCUGGGACCUGACUGGUUUUUAUUAUUCAUCCAAGACCAUCUGCACCCAAGUACGGUGGUGUUAGGAAUUAAACUGCUAUUGCACUUUUUGUACAACCCAACUAUACGGGCCAGAUUUAAAGAUGGAUUAUCAGGGGGAUCCUGGGUGGAAAACAGCAUUUUGGGAGUGGAUAUUUUGAUGGAUAAUUUAAAAAAUCAGUCUCCAAAGCCUGAUUAUGGUUCCUGCCUGAUCUCUGGUUUUCAAAUAUUACCGACAUUUCUUAGUCACCAUAUUCGCAUUCCUGAAGUCUACCUCCUUGUAUCUAGUUUCUUCCUUCAGACUCCAUUGAGUGAAGUGAUUGUAGAGUCCAAGGCAAGCCUUGAUGCCAUGUUAGAAUGGUUAUUACAGAACCACAAUGGGGGGAGUGCCCCUAAGUCUGGUUUAUGCACAGAAGGUGCCCUGCUGCUACUAGAGAUGGUCAAAGCCAUAAUUAACCUGCCUAUCACAGGUUCAGAAGAAGAUAAUUGGAAAGUGACCUACCCUGACAAUGUGAUGCAUUUCCUUUGUCUAAUAUACCACAACUAUCCUCAGGACCCUGUAUGGUGGUCCUCUGACUUUCUCCAAGCCUUGGCUUCAAUUCUCUUCCCUCCACAAAUACCAAAGAGAAUGAGUGACUCCUCACAGAAUUACAAUGUCCUUUUAACUGACGCUGAAAGACAGAAACGUGUGGAGUCCCCCACAACUCACCCUGCCAGAAAACAAGUCUCUGAUUUCCUGAAGCUCCUUCUCAUGGAGAUCUUGCUCUGUUCUCCAACACAAAAACAGUCGCAUCCAUUGGAUUUCAUUCUUGAGGCUUCUCCAGAGAACACGACAAACCAACAGAAACGAUGCUUCCAGUCUGAGAUCCUGCUUUCUGCUAUGGGUGUAUUUCACAUUAUAAGUGAAGGCUGCUGCGCCAUAAGUUCCAAUGGCAGUAGAGAGCCUCAACAGAGUUCCGAAUCGACUCCUUCAUUAGCAAACAUUUCCUACUUGACACAGAAGCUGGUUGAGAAACUCUACAGUGGAAUGUUUACUGCAGACCCCAAAGAGAUCCUUCUAUUUAUCACAGAGCAGAUCAUCGUGGUCAUCGAGAGUGCUUUCUCUCAGAAGGAAGCUCUUCUUGGUGUCUUAUACAGCAGCUUAAAUAGAGUGAUUCUAUAUUGCCUGUCCAAACCACAGCAGUCACUUUCAGAAUGCCUUGGUCUACUAAGGAUUUUGAAUUUCCUCCAAGAGCAAUGGGACAUCAUCUUUGCAACAUACAAUUCGAAUAUGAGCUUCAUCAUCUGCUUCAUGCACUGUCUUUUUCACAUUCAUGCAAGAAGUUAUCCAGAGGGAUUUGGAUUAGAACCCAAACCUAGAGUGAGCCCUUAUCACCAAGUCUUCCUUUCUCCACAAGAAGACAUGAGAGAACCAGGAGAGGAAGGUCUUCCAAGUUUGAGUGAUGUUCAACAUGGCAUUCUGAGAACAGUCCUUGACCUCUGGCACCAGCUCAUGCAUCAGAGACGACAAGUGCUUGAGGAUGCUUUCAAGAUGGACCUCUCUGUAAAGCCUGGGGAGAGUGAAGUAAAGAUUGAAAACAUCACACCUCUGUGGGAAGAGACAACACUCAAGUCUUGGCAGCAUUACUUAGCAUCUGAAAAGAAGAUGCUGGCAAGCAAGUCAAAUACUGUGCAUCAAAGCAAAGCCUCCAGCUGGAGUGAAAGUUUGUCAUCAGCAAUGAGGCUGAUUCCAGGAAGGCAAACGAAGGAAACCGAGUGCAAGGCCGAGGAUUUUGUGUCUUCUAUGGAGGAGUACAGAAGACGAGGCCAGGAGCUCUAUGCAUCUUUAUACAAAGAUUAUGUCCAGAGACAGAAAUGUGUCUACAGCAAGGCAGCAAGAGAAUGGACAAAAAUGAAAGAUCAACUUUUCAAUGAGUUGGGUUUGUGGGGGCAAAAGUCAGGGUCUUGCUCCCAGUGGUCUCUUGACUGGCGUGAAGGACCAGCCCGCAUGAGGAAAAGAAUACGAAGAAAAUUUGCUGGGGAGUCCCUGAAAACUGUUUACCAAGCCAAAAAUAAUGAAACUUCUCCAACAAAUGCUGAAAAUCAAGAUGACUUGAUGGCAAAUGAAGAAGAAGAAGAGAGAGAUGAGACCGAAGACCGUGACCACCUGACAUUCUUCCCAGCCUUGCAUGAAAGCCUUCACUCAGAAGAUUUCUUGGAACUGUGUCGGGAGAGAAAAGUUAUUUUACAGGAAUUGGUGGACAAAGAAAAGGUGUCAGUGAAGCAUUCUGUGGUGAUUGUCCAAGGACACGUGGUAUCAGAAGGAGUGCUACUCUUCAGCCAGCAACAUUUCUACAUCUGUGAAAACUUCACCCUUUCUCCCCUGGGUGAUGUCUACUGUACCAAACACUGCUUGUCCAAUAUCAGCGAUCCAUUUAUUUUCAAUAUGUGCAGCAAAGACCGGCCUUUAGAUCAUUACGCUUGCCAUCGAUAUUCCUAUAGUGACAUUAAGGAGAUACAACUGAUGCGUUUUCUGCUACAGGAGAUUGCCUUGGAAAUCUUCUUCAGAAAUGGUUAUUCCAAGUUUCUUGUCUUCCAUAACAAUGACAGGAGCAAAGCCUUCAAGAGCUUUCGUUCAUUACAACCUGGCUUAAAAGGGAAAGGCGUCACAGAAGAAUCACUCAAUAUAAGGAAAAGUAUUGGAUCAGAGAAGACAAUGCUGCAGAAGUGGCAGAAAAGGGAAAUAAGCAAUUUUGAAUAUCUCAUGUAUCUAAAUACCCUGGCUGGGAGGACCUACAAUGAUUAUAUGCAGUACCCAGUUUUUCCUUGGAUUCUUGCUGAUUAUACCUCAGAGGCUUUGAACUUCACAAAUCCCAGGACAUUUCGAGAUCUCUCAAAGCCCAUGGGGGCCCAGACCAAAGAAAGGAAAUUAAAAUUCAUCCGGAGAUACAAAGAAGUUGAAAAGAGUGAAGGAGACCUAUCUGCCCAGUGCCACUACUGCACCCACUAUUCCUCGGCGAUCAUCGUCGCCUCCUACCUGGUUCGAAUGAAGCCGUUUACUCAAACCUUCUGCUCUCUGCAGGGCGGAAGCUUUGACGUGGCUGACAGGAUGUUCCACAGCGUGAAAAACACAUGGGAGUCAGCGUCCAGUGAGAACAUGAGUGAUGUCAGGGAACUGAUCCCAGAAUUCUUCUACUUGCCCGAAUUUUUAACCAACUGCAAUGAUGUUGAAUUUGGCUCCAUGCAGGAUGGAACUAUCCUAGAUGAUGUCCUUCUCCCGCCGUGGGCUGAAGGAGACCCGCAGAAAUUCAUCAGCCUACACAGGCAGGCUCUGGAAAGUGACUUUGUUAGUGCCAACCUGCAUCACUGGAUAGACUUGAUUUUUGGGUAUAAGCAACAUGGACCCGCUGCAGUAGAGGCCAUUAAUACCUUCCACCCAUACUUCUAUGGAGACAAGAUGGACCUUCAUAACAUCACUGAUCCCCUCAUUAAGAGUACCAUCUUGGGGUUUGUCAGCAACUUUGGGCAGAUACCUAAACAGCUCUUUACCAAACCACACCCAGCCAGGACUGCCCAGGGAAAACCAUCAGGAAAAGAAAUAUCUCUUUCUACUGGUCCAGCUGGCUGCCCACCACCAUUUUUCUGUACCCUGCAGAGUCUGAAGCCCUCCCUCGUUACAGUCAAAGAGUCUCCUAAAGGAGCCAUUGGACACAUCGUUCCUACUGAGAAAUGCGUUUUAGCUGUGGAGAAAAACAAGGUGUUGAUUCCACAUCUCUGGAGCAAGACCUUCAGCUGGGGAUUUGAUGACUUUACCUGUUGCCUGGGAAAUUAUGGCUCUGACAAGAACCUGACAACAUUUGAAAGCACAGCGGAUUGGGGAAAGUGUCUCUGUGCCGUGUGCCCCUCACCUACCCUGGUUGUAACCUCAGGAGACAGUGCUGUGGUUUGCAUUUGGGAGCUUUCCAUGUUCAAAGACAAAGCAAAAGGACUACACUUGAAACAGGCACUGUAUGGACACACAAAGUCCGUCACCUGCUUGGCAGCUUCAAUGACCUACAGUCUCCUUGUGAGUGGCUCCUGUGACCGAACUUGCAUCUUAUGGGACUUGGACCACCUGAUGUAUGUGACCCAGCUCCCCACCCACAGGGCAAACAUCUCUGCUGUUGCCAUCAGCGAUGCCACGGGAGAUAUUGUAUCUUGCGCUGGAACCCAUUUAUAUCUAUGGAACAUUAAUGGUCAGGCUCUUGCAAGCAUCAAUACCUCCUGUGGGUCACAAGGAGAUAUCCAAUGCUGCUACCUAACAGAAGGAACGGACUGGGAUGCCAGCAACAUCAUCAUCACUGGGAGCCGGGAUGGCAUUGUCCGAAUAUGGAAAACUGAACAUGUGAAGACAUCUGGUCACGGGGCAGGGCCCGAGUCACAGACGAUGGAAUCUCCAGGCCAGAAAGGUAACAAGUGGGAAAAGAACCUGGCUUUGUGUCGAGAGUUGGACAUCAACGUCGCUUUGACAGGGAAAUCGAGUAAAAAUAAUCCAGCCAUCACAGCAUUGGCUGUGUCCAGAAAUCAAUCUAAGCUCCUUGUUGGUGAUGAGCGAGGGAGAAUAUUCUGCUGGUCCAGAGAUGGGUAGGCAAGCAUGAUGUGCAUGUGGAAUUAUUGGAUGAAACAAUUAAAAGUGAUGCAGCCCAGGAUUACAACAUGCAUUGUUUCAUGGGACUAAAACAAAAUCAGUGGAAGCCCAAGUUGUGUGUAACAUAUGAGUUCCAUGAGUAAGAUGAUCAUAUUAGCUCUCUUUAAUACUUGAAGAAAACCAUACCAUGAAUAUGAAGACAACAUGAAAUCUACUGUCUGUCCCCAUGCAAUACCAAACUAUUUAUAAUAUUCUUAUUCCAAUGAUGUAUAUCUUUUAUGGAGGUGAAAAUGAAAGGUGUGUAAAUGUGGAAUCAUUUUUGUAUGUUAUGGAAUAAAACCUAUGGUUUACUGGAAGUUAGCAUAUACAACUGGAUUGCACAUAAGUUAUACGACCUCUGCAAAAGGUGUUUCAUAGUGAAUAAAAUGAUGUUGAUUUCUGAAAACUAA